AUGGCACCUGCAGAAAAGUGAGUUUUUCGGCUGAAAAUCGAGAGGAUUUUCAGGUAUUGCUCAUGUUAAUCGAUUUUGAAGAGGUUUUGGAAGAAAACAAGCCAAAAAUUGAGAAAUUUGACACAUUUUGAGCUAAAUUUCAAGUUUUUAGGACCAUUGCUCAUGUUAAUCGAAAAUCCAUUUUCAAACGAAGUUCCACAUUUACACCUUCAAAACUCAGAUUUUCAUCAAUUUCUAGGGUGGUGUAAACGCGGAGUAUCGUUGGAACCUCUCAAAGUUGGUUGUUUUCGAUGGCGUAAACGCGGAGUAUCGUACUUUUUCACGAGAAAUCGAUUAACCUGAGCAAUAUCCCAAAAACCUUGAAUCUAGGCUCAAAAUGCAUGGGAUUUCACGAUUUUUUCCACCGAAAAACGAUUAACCUGAGCAAUCCAUCAAAAAUCACGCAUCUAGGCUCAAAAUCGAUGAAAUUUCACGGUUUUUUCCACCAAAAAACCACAAAAUUUCCAAAUUUCCAGAGUACCCGAAGAAGAUCUUUUACUUCCAUAUUUCCACGGUGCACUAAUGGAUCAAGAUUCGGAUCAAUUACUAGUAAACGAGGGAGAUUAUAUGAUUGUGACGAAAUUGUUAUCGGAAAUGAAUAAAAAUGUGUAUUAUUUGGCGAUUCGGACGAAAAAGGGCGUGCGAAGAUAUGAGAUUAAAAGAUCGGCGACCGCGGCGAGAAUUAUGACGAAAAGUGCACCGAAUAUUGGAAAACUUGUGGAUGGACUGAUUGCGGAGCCGAUUCAGGUCAAAGGCGAAAAAUUGGUCCUCAAGGUGAGCCGAAAUUCGAGAAUUUUCAUGAAAAAUAUGCCUAGAAUCAGAGUUUUUCGAGCCAUUGCUCAUGUUAAUCGGUUUUCAGUGAGAAACAAGCCAAAAAUCGAAAAUUUGAUGAAUUUUGAGCCUAAAUUCACAUUGCUCAUAUAGAUCAAAGUUUUUCAAUGAAAAUCCAUCGGAAAUCCAGAUUUUUGAACCAAAAAUCAUGGUUUUUAGGAAUUUUUUGUCUAAAUUAUCAAUUUCCAUGAUUUUUUUUCCAAUUUCUAAGGUUCAGGACCGAAAAAUCUCACAUUUUCAUGAUUUUCGAGUCUAGAAAAAGGAAAUCUGAAGAUUCGAAGUCUCAUGGCUGAAAAACCUCGAAUAUUCGAAAUUUCAAGUGUGGAGGACCGGAAAUUUUCAAUUUUUCACAAUUUUUAAGUCUGAGCCCUCGAAAAUCUGAAGUUUGAACCAAAAAAUUCAAAAGAACCGAAAAAUUCUCAAAUUUUCACAAUUUGAGAGUCUAGAAACUUGAAAAUUGGAAGUUUGAACCGGAAAAUCAAAAAAAAACACGAGAUUUCGAAAAUUCCAGCGAGCAAUCCCAAAAGGAAAAUUCCAACUAAUGCAUCGCGACGUGAAUUUCAAGAAGAAAAUCGGCUCCGGCGCCUACGGAACAGUUUAUCGUGGCCGAUUGGUCAAAACCAACACAAUUAUCGCCGUCAAAAAGUUGGACACUGAAGAGGGAACAGAUGAAGAAGGAUUGGCUGAUAUGAUGAAAGAGGCGAGGGUUAUGCAAUUGUAUGAUCAUGAGAAUAUUGUCAAGUUUUAUGGUUUCAUUUUGGAUGAUAUUCCGUAUCUUUUGGGUUAGUUGGUGGAUUUUGACAAACUGAAUACGAUGCUGGUCUCAGAAAUGAGUUAGCUCAACUCUGAAGCUAGUUAUAGCCUCGGAAAGUCACCUAACUUAUGAUUUUUGGACGAAUCUAGUAGAUUUUGACAAGCUGAACACGAUCUUGUAUUCAAAAAUUAGUUAGCCUCACUCGGAAGCUUUAGAGUUAAGCUAAGUCAUUUUUUCAUGAUUUUUGGACGAAAAUUGAGAUAAUCUAGUAGAUUUUGACCCACUGAUCAUGAUCCUGAGCUUAAAAAUGACUUAACUCAAGUCCUAACAUGAGUAAUGACGUGGCAAAGUUUAGAAGUUUUGCCACGGCAUAGGAGUUGAGCUAAGUCAUUUUCCCCUUCCAGUCUUGGAAUACUGUAAUGGCGGAAGUGUGGAGGAUCGUUUGAGAGAGAAGGGUGAUAAGACGAAUGUGAAAUCGAGAUCGAAAAUGGUCUAUCAAGCGGCGUGUGGAAUGGAAUAUUUACACAAGAAGCAGUGAGUAGCAGAAUUUUUUUACGGGUUUACACCUUCCAAAACCUCUGAAAUUUAUGGUUACAGAUUUUCAAGUUUCUAGAGCUUAAAAUUAUGAAAAUUCGACAUUUUUAGCUAGAAUUUCACGAUUUUCAAGCUCCAAACCUAAAAAAUCAUGAAAAACCCUAAUUUUUAGCCCUCGAGCUCGAAAAAUCAUGAAAAAUCCAAAUUUCGAUCCCUCGAGCUCCAAAAAAUCAUGAAAAAUCCUAAUUUUGAGCUCCCCAAUCCAAAAAAUCAGGAAAAAUCCGAUUUUUUUCUACAGAUGUAUCCAUCGUGACAUUGCCACGCGUAAUUGUCUAAUCCACCGCGGAAUCGUAAAAAUGGCGGAUUUCGGAAUGUGCCGCGCAACUUCAGUCUACAAAGUCGACUUAUCGAAACCGCUGAAUGUUCGUUGGUUGGCACCCGAAGUUUGGGAAAUUGGAGAAACUCGAUUCAAUACUGAUAUCUAUGCGUUUGGUGUCAUGAUUUGGGAAAUGUUUGAGAAUCCCUAUAAAUCACCGUAUUCUGAAUGGAAGGCUUAUACUGUUAAGGUACGGAAAUGAUUUAUAGCUGAAAAUUACAGAUUUUCAAGCCUCGAGCUCAGAAAAUUCAAAAUUUUCGUCAUUUUCUGGUUCCAAGGCUCAAAAUGUGCAGAUUCGGCAAAAUUUUUAAAUUUUCAAGUUUCAGGAUUAGAAAUUUCCGAAUUUUGACAAUUUUUAAGGUCUGGAGCUUGAAAAUGUGAAAAAUUGGCUCAAAAUUCAGAUUUUUUGAGAUUUCCAUCACAAAAAUCAUGACAUCUACAAUUUUUUGCGUCCUGAAACUUGAAAAUCUGUAAUUUUCAGCUAGAAAUAAUUUAUCACAGAUUUUCAAGCCUCGAGCUCAAAAAAUUCAAAAUUUUCGUCAUUUUUUGACCCCCAGGCUUGAAAAUCUAGAAAUUCAGCAGUAAAUAUUGAACUUCUGGUGUCUGAGCCGAAAUUUCAUGAAUUUUUGAUCCUGAAGCUUGAAAUUCAGAAAAAGUGCUUAAAAUCUUGGGAUUUUCAAGAUUCCCAUCUCCAAGACCACGAAAAUCAUGAAAAUUACAAUUUUUUGGGUCCUGGAGCUUGAAAAUCGCAAAAUUACGAUCUCUAGACCAAAAACCUCUCAAAUUUUCAGCAAAAAGUUCGCGGCGGAUACCGUAUGCCUCCACAUUCAUCAAUGCCUUCAGAAAUGGCUGAAAUAAUGUCGGAAGCUUGGAAUCAUAAGCCCGAAAAACGACCAAAUGCCGAAAAAUUGCGAGAAAAAUUGGAGGAAUUUAUGAAGGGUGUUGAGAGAGUUGUCGAGCCAAAAAGUUCGGGAACUCCGACUUUUGAGAAGACUGAUAAUAAUACCACUAAUGCUGAAUGA